CUAAAUUUCAAGCAUACGGUGGACGCUGACUGAGUGGAGUAAGAAAGAAGAAUGGAUUUCGAGAGAAAACAACGGAAGGAUUUCGGUCAGGGAUGAUGGACACAGUGUUAGGCGGAACUAUGGGCGUGCUCAAGCAUGAUGUAACCAUGGUGACAGACAUGAUUGACAAGUAUAAAGGAAGGACUCUUCCAGAAAGCAACCUCCCUCGGAAUAUCAGCAGUGACGGAAAUGUUAAAAAUGAAUCUUACGGAUGCCGGCAUUGCCAAGAAAAAUUUUCGACCCUUCUUGGCCUCCAGCAGCACAUAGUGUGUGACCACACAGAGGAAUUACGGACUGAAUUAAACCAGUAUACACAGAAAAAAAGUAUCCGUCCAAAGCAAGACAGCGGUGCUAUUCAUCCCAAAAAGCGAAAGAUUCUUGAAGCAGUUCAAGCUUCUCAGAAAGACCAGAGCUCCAAGGGAAGAGAGAGUCGAGAAGAGAGUUCCAGGAAUGGCUUUCGUGGAAAUAUUGGGGAUAAGGUGAAGGAUCUUCAUAGUUGUGAUGAUGAUGAAGAUGAUGAUGAUGAUGAUGAUGAGGAGGACCGGCUAGUGAUAAGUACUUCUCCUGCACUGCUGGAUACAGCUAGCAAUAGUCCUGCCCCUGAAGACGAGUUCAUGUCUUACACACACAAGAAGUUAAAGAGGAAAAAUUACCUGGAAACGAAAGGUGAACUGAAACAGGAAGAUGAUAUUGAGAAAGAGUACGAGAAAAUCAUCGACAAAGCAAAGCGGGAAAUCGAUCAGGAGAACCAUGAAAUCCGAGAGAAGCUUAAAAAGACGGAGCUUCUUUACACAACCUCCAAGUUUCAAGGGCAGGUGCCCCCUGAAACCGCAAAACCCAAAGAAUUUGUUAAUGCCCAGCCCGGUCCUCUAUACAGUGAAGCCCCUCCAAGCAUGCCACAGAAGGAAAACGGAUUACCUUAUCCACCAAUGCCCAUGAAUCCGGGGACACAGCAUCCAAUGUAUCCAGCUAUCAACAUGAACAUGUAUGGAAACUUUGCAAUGCCGAUGAACUUUCCGCCUCAUCCAAUGAUGUACAUGAAUUCAGGAAUGUUCAUGCCACCCAUGACCUCGAGUCAGCAAAAUGGCAGCUUUAUUCCACAAGUGAAUGCUAUGCCCUCUUCACCGUUGCCCUCGAGGGUUGCCCAAGUAUCCAGUCCAAAGAUGUCACCACAGAGGCAGGCUUCUCCGAAAACGGAGAAGACGAAAGCGCCCCGCACACAAAACCCGAACCGUCGCAACAGGAACGUGGAAAGGAAGGGAAGUCUGUCUGAUGAGAAAAGCCACUCAGAUGAAAAGAGCGAGGUUGUGGAGAUUUAUGAGUGUAAGGUUUGCAGUAGGAAGUUCUCACAGGUCGGGAACUUCCAUAACCACAUGAAACUUCAUAACGAGAAGUCGUGCAGUUGUGGAAUUUGUAAGGUGGAGUUUAGUGAUAGUUAUGAGCUGCAGAGGCACAUGCGUACCACGCACACUGGGAGCAUGCCCUAUAAAUGUAAUGAGUGCGACAGGGAGUUCAGUCAGUACAACAACCUGCGAAGACAUCUCCGCGUCCACAGCGGAAAGUCGUACAAGUGCCAUAUCUGUGGGAGGAGCUUCAAUGAGGUCUUUUAUUUGGAGAUGCACAUCGGGUCGCACACGGGGGAAAGAACAUAUAAGUGUGGCGUAUGUAACUUGACUUUUCGGGAUAAUGCGGAACUUCAGCGCCACGUUAAGACACACAGCGCUGACGAGCUUCACACUUGCGACGUGUGCGGGAAAUCCUUUAGUAAAGCUUGCGUUCUUCGGCAACACAAGAAAAUGCACCUGGGAGUCCGUCCAUACAAGUGCAACAUCUGCGAAAAGGCAUUCAUUCACCGCCAUCAUUUGACCAUCCACAUGCGCAUGCACAACACCUCCAAGCCGUAUACCUGUAAGUUCUGCCACCGAGAGUUCACCCAGACUAGUCAUCUUUACAAACACAUUGAAAAGCAGCACGAAGAGGAGAUCGGGAAAGCCGUUGAUCUCAAUGCUAAAAACGGAAAGAAGGGCAUUCCAUCUGCUGCUGAGAUCGAAGAAUUGUUCUGUAAAAUUCAAAGUCCGUCCAACUCAUCUUCUGCAAGUGUCGACAGCGGAAAUGUGGAUAAUUUGGUUCGACCGAGAAGCGACUCCAAUGUCAGUCAAGCUGACUCUGCUAUAUCACUGCCAAGGUCCAACGUGAGUCAGAUAUCAGUGGACACCCCGCCCCCUGUUGAAUAUUCAUCAACCCCUCAAUAUUCACCCAUAUCCUCAGCAUCUAGUCAAUGUGACAACGAAGUUAGAUCUAUUACUCCAACUAUCGAAGUUCUCACAAAAUCCAGCAGCCAAAGUGUUCCAUCCAUUGAAACAUCAUCCACCAUGGACACAAUGUCUCACCCAGAUACUCAGGAAAAUCCAAUUAGAAAUCCCAUGCAAAACGAGAAGGAAGUCACUAUUCCAGACGACAAGAUCAUCACUCAUUUCAAUCCAGCUCAAAUCCAGGAUACUUGUAUGAAAACGGAGAAUUACGGAAUAUCUCCAGAUGUUGGUCGAAUUACUGACACAGAUCUUUCAUCUCAAGACUCCAGGCCAGGUGGGAAAGAUACAAGUUUAAAAUCUGCUUCAUCUCCUUGCUCCAGCGUGUCUUCAGACUCGGCAGUUGGGAUAUCGGAUCAAGCCAGUCCGCCGGAAAACAUCCUGAGUCCGGAAACAAUCAAGAAAGAGAAGCUAGAUGUUGGAGAGGAGAAACCAAAGAAGAGAAGGCGACGCAGAAAGAAAGCCGAGAUGGACAGCCAAAGCAUUCCAAAUCCGGACACUGUUCAUUCCGCAAGUCCCAAUACCCAAGUCCCUAAUCCACCGAUGGUGAUGCCGAACAUUACAUCCGAUGUGCAGCAAAUGUACCUUAUGCAAAUGCAGCAGCUCCAAGGUCUUCACAUGGCUAUGUUUGCCAAUGCCAUGGCAGGUCAGGCUUACCCAAACGCUCAAGGGACCAAGGCCAAUAUCCCAGUCACAACCAUGCCUGGGACCCCACCACCCGCACCUUUUGGAUUUGGAAAUCCGAUGAACAUGUUCAUGAAGACGUCCCAGCCCCAGGCUUUUUCCCCCCUUGUCCCUCCAGGCAGAUUCCAGACCCCUAGUGGUGAAACGCCUGCACCAAUUGACUUGAGUGUCGAAAAAUAAUUUACUGCCAAUGUAAUGCUCAAAACAUGAUUUUCAUACAUUCAGCCAUUUUAUAUUUUUCAUUCAAGGGAAUGAAGCAUGUGGUUGCUAAUGAUUGUGAUUUAUUGAUUUUUGCCACUGCAUUUGUCCCAGUUCCCAAAUGUCCAUUGGAAAUUUGUUUCAUGUGCCUUUGAUGUUGACGAGUUUAUGUAUGAGGUUUUCACGAUUUUUUUGUAUUUUACAUUUAAUAGUCCUUUAAAAUCUGCAAUGAGGAUUUUUUUUGAGAGCCAAAACAUCCAAUUUCUGUUUAAAAGAAUUGAAAAAAAUGUUCAUUUUUUGUGUUCAAAUGAUUGAAUUUAGCACUGUCUUGCUUAAAUCAAACCGUUCAAUUGCUCAACGUACGAUUAUGCAUAUUAAUGUUCACAAUGACUUGUGUUCAAAAACCGUCUAUAAAGCUUCCAUGAUUUGUGAAAUGUAACUUGAGUUGUGAAUCAUAUUUCCAUUCAAUUCAAAAAAAUUCAUCCCCAUUUCAACGAGUCAUUUACCCAGAGUGAGAAUUGUUCUGGAACUCAGGAUUUUUUUUCUUUUACAACAAUUUCGUGUGCAAGGAUAUUUGUCUUAGCAAAAACUAUAGCAAUAAUAUAUAUAUUUUUUCUUUUUAGAUAUUUUUGUGUGCCAUAAUUGUGGAGAAUAUUUUCGCCUUUACAUUCCAAUAUGUGUUUAUAUUGCCAUAUGAUGGCGGAAAUCCUCUUUUAUAAUAAUGCAGCAAGAUUACAAAUGAGUAGAAUGCGAGAGUACUUUAGUCAUGUGUUUAGAUUAGUUAGUUUUUGCGACUACUUUCACUUUCAGUUAAGUGACCUGAUUUUUGAAUAACAGAGUCAUAAGUUUCAUUUUUGAAAUGCAAGAUGUGUAUAGUUAAUUAAACAUGUUUUAAUUUAAGUUGAAACACUGGACACAAAACGAGGGAUUUGUGAAUUUGUUCAAUGAAAUUCCAGCUAGUCAGACUGUAAACUGUGCCAUAGAUAAUACACAACAGUCCCAACUAUUCAGCAUGUAGCUUCCAGAUAUUGAGAAUAUUCAAUGCAACUGAAGAAAUUCCUAUGAAAUUUCCCUGAACUAUGCUUUGUAUCAUCUUAGAUUAAUGUAUACAUUUCUUAAUUUUUGUUUUUUUAUUUAUUUUUUUAAUAAAUGUUGGAGUGAUACACAAGCCAAUUAGAUGGGACAACUUCGCUCUUUGAAAUUUCUAAUAUUAAGAGGAAUGGGGAGGGAGGGAUAUGCCAAUAAGUAGAUGGAAAUACUUAUCAUUCCAGUACCCAAACUUAGCUAUUGUAGAUGGAGUCCAGUGUUUAUAUGCUGUCUCAGGUCAAUUGGAGUCCUGCCAAGAUGUCUGCAAUUAAUUUCAUUGUGCCCAUAUUGUAUUUAUUGUGAUCAGUUGAUCAUUUACCAAUUCUAUAUUGACCAUUUUAGAAUUGAUUUGUUCUUCAACUUUGCUUGAUUUUUUUUUUUGUUCUUUUUUUUGUAAAAAAGUUGCAUGUUUGUGAAUGUCUUUGCAAUUGCUUGUACGUGUAAAUGUCAUUAUGAAGAAUUCAACACUUGCUAUGAAAGAUUGUGUAUUUGGGAAAAAAAUUCCUGUUUUGCAUUCAUUAUGCUAUGAAUGUGAAUGUCUGAUUUUCUAUGUAUCAAGCAUUGUCCCUAACCAGCAUAUGUUUUUUAACUCCCACAUAGAACUAAUGCACUUACCUAUGAUGGGCUACGAAUCGUGUGUGAUUAUUUCCCUUUAUUUCCCUUUGUACAUAUUAUUAUUAUAUAAUUUUAUGUUGAAUAAUUGUCAUUGUAAAAUACAAAGUGAUCUCAGAGUUUAAUUUCUACAAAGUCACUGAUUUUUUAAUCAGAGGGUAGUACAAAAUAUUCGUCCAAUCAGAAAAUCUGUUACAUCAUCAUCCAAUGAGAAGUUUUGUUAUAUCAUUUUCCUUCAUCCAAUGAGUACCAUUAUUUUGUGUUUAUAUUUAGCAUUCCAGCAAACGCUCAGUAAACAGUGUUUUUAUACAUAUUUUGUGUAUUUAGUAUUUUCUUUUUAGAAUUUCAAACAUUUUUGUUUGAAAGCCAAUUUCUAUUUAAAAAUAUUCAUAUUGUAGAUAGAACUGUUUUUAAUGAUCUCAGUGAGCCUUAAAAGAUUUGUGUUGUAUGCGGAAGAUAAUGAUAAGAAUGUUUAUGGAAGUAUAUGUCAAAAGUUGAACUUUAUCCCAUAUUUUCAUUAAAAGAAAUGACACAUUUGUCUAUAUCAUGUAUUAGGCUGAAAAGAAUUUUUUUUUUCACUUUUAAUUAUCUGAAAUUCUGCAUCAGAAACUAUUUGCAAUUUUAUCACUUAUGGAUUAAUGUAUGUUUUUUAUAAAUUCAAAUUUGACAAGGUGCAUUUUCCUAACACGGAGGUUUUACCUCUUCAAUCAAAUGUUCUAGCUCUUUUUUUUAAUAUUCGUUCACGAAAAUCUGAAAACCAAAGCCAACAAUAAGACGUGAGCUUUGAACCCAGAGUUUUGCCAUUGGAAUAACUGCUGUCUCAUUUACAAUUGGCCUGUAAUUUAUUUUUGUAGCAAGCUGUUCUACCAUAAGAACUUACCCCCUUGAAAUGCUCAUAUUUAUGUAUUUUUAUUUGAUUGCAUUUUUCUGUUCAUGUUUUUUGUAUAGCAUUUGUUGAUGUCCAUAGCUUAGAUAGUAGAGUCGUUUCUUUAGUUAACACUGCUAUUUUCAUCCUUUAUUUGUUUUCUUACAACACAUUUAUUUGAUUGUCAACUACAGGCAUUAAGAUUUGUUUUCAUCUUGUUUUUGUAUAUUUUAAUAUUUGAAUAAUUGAUAGUUUACUUCAUUCAUUUAUUCAUUGAUUUUAAAGUGUUCAAAACGGAGCCUUUUUUGGUGAAAAUGACAAUUUUUUCUCUUUGCAAAGGAAACAUGUCGAAUAAUUAUUUAGCAAUAGAACUAUUCGAGCAAUUUGUUUGGUAUCGGAUGGUUGAGAAAGCCCAUAAAGGUCAUGAUAUGUUCAAGGUUGUGGUGUUUUUCCAGAAUUUAACCUUCUUUGAUAUAUCUAAAAAAAAAAAAAUACGCAAUGUUAUAAAAUACCAACCAAUGAAAUUCUCUUUUUUUUUUGUAAUGCUUAACCCUUUGAAAUCGUAUAAAAUUUUGAAGAUUAAUAUUGAAAUGGUAGUGUUUUUUAAAAUGAUGGCAUACAGUUGACCAAAAUGUCGAAAUACUUCAUAUUUCUUUUACUUUCUUUUGAGAAUAAAUGGAGGCAUGUUUAAAUGUUUGAGUGAAAACUUGUGAGCAAGCCGGUGUCAAACACUUUGGCGACGUAACUGCUAUUUUAAUGCUGCCAACUUUUUAUUUUUAGUCUGAAACCGUGCCGAAAAUGUAAACUUAAAAGUUCUUUAAAAAGAUUAACAAAUAUGUUGCUUCAUGUAUUUUGAAUUUGAUAAUAGUUGGAAUUUAUUCCAAAAAUGCAUUUCUUUAUACAAAAUAAAUGUUUUAACC